AUGCACGUCUUCUCUCGACCAAGCCUCCUGGCCCUGGGCCUCGCUGCCACCGGCUCCCUGGUCUCUGCCGGACCUUGCGAUAUCUACUCUUCCGGCGGCACGCCCUGCAUUGCGGCUCACAGCACUACCAGAGCUCUUUACAGCGCGUACUCAGGCUCGCUGUACCAGGUCAAGCGUGGCUCUGAUGGCGUCACCCUCAACAUCGCGCCCCUGUCUGCUGGCGGUGUUGCCAAUGCUGCCGCUCAAGACACGUUCUGCUCCGGCACUACUUGCCUGAUCACUAUCAUCUACGAUCAGUCUGGAAAGGGAAACCAUCUCACUCAAGCCCCGGGAGGUGCCUUCAAGGGCCCAGAGGCGGACGGCUCCGACAACCUGGCCAGUGCAAUUGGUGCACCCGUCACUUUGAACGGCCAGAAGGCGUACGGCGUCUUCAUCUCACCCGGCACGGGAUACCGCAACAACAAGGCCAGCGGCACCGCCACCGGCGACGCGGCCGAGGGCAUGUACGCCGUUCUCGACGGAACUCACUACAACGGUGGCUGCUGCUUUGACUACGGCAACGCUGAGACCAGCAGCACCGACACUGGCAACGGCCACAUGGAGGCCAUCUACUUCGGUGACAGCACUGUCUGGGGCACCGGUUCCGGCAGCGGUCCCUGGAUCAUGGCUGAUCUUGAGAACGGCCUGUUCUCCGGUGUCAGCUCGGGCAACAACGCCAAUGACCCGAGCAUCACGACCCGCUUCACUACCGCGGUCAUCAAGGGAGGACCCAACCUGUGGGCUAUUCGUGGUGCGAACGCCGCUUCUGGCUCGCUGUCAACAUACUACAGCGGCGUCCGCCCGACGGCGUCGGGAUAUAACCCCAUGAAGAAGGAGGGUGCCAUCAUUCUCGGCAUUGGCGGUGACAACAGCAUCAGUGCCCAGGGAACCUUCUACGAGGGUGUAAUGACCUCUGGAUACCCCACUGAUGCCACCGAGAACUCGGUCCAGGCCAACAUCGUGGCGGCCAAGUAUGCUACGUCUUCCCUCGUUAGCGGACAGGCCCUCACCGUUGGCUCUUCCUACUCUUUCCGCGUCACCACCUCCGGCUACACCGACAGAUACAUCGCCCACACCGGCGCCACCGUCAACACCCAGGUUGUCACCUCCUCCAGUGCCACAGCUCUCAAGCAACAGGCCAGCUGGACCGUCCGCACCGGUCUCGGUAACAGCGGCUGCUACUCUUUCGAGUCCAAGGACACUGCCGGCAGCUACAUCCGCCACUACAACUUUGAGCUUCAGGUUGCUGCCAACGACGGCACCAAGCAGUUCAAGGAAGAUGCUACCUUCUGCCCUCAGUCCGGCCUCAACGGCCAGGGUCUGUCCAUCCGCGCCUGGGGAUACCCUACUCGCUACUUCCGCCACUACAACAACGUUGGCUACGCGGCGAGCAACGGUGGUGUUCACACCUUCGACUCUGCGACUUCAUUCAACGACGACGCCAGCUUCGUUGUUGCCUCUAGCUUCGCUUAA